UCAAUCGAACUGAUAAUUGUGUCAUUUUUUUACGUAUUCUCCUGCUUCUACGUGGAUUAUUUGGUUAAUUUCCCUUUUAUACACAAACUUUACAAAUAAAAAUGGUUUAUCCUCACACGUACCGUACAGAACACAGCGAAACAAAGACCACAAAUGCUGUAUAUGGCGAGUAUUAUGAAGCGAAAAAAAGUAAGAAAAUCUACAUCCCACCGGAACUGCAUAAAGUUUUACAAUAUAUCGAUUCAAAUAGAACUAUGUUUUUCGAGGAUUUGACGGAAAUAGUCAAAAUCAAAUCGAUCAGCGGUCAAUAUAAGUAUCGACGUGACGUGGCCAAAAUGAUCGCAUUUACUGAAGAAUGGCUUAACAAGCUAUCAAUCACGUACGAAUGCUUCAACAUAGGACAUUACACUUUGGAGGGACAUAAGCUUAGGAUACCUUCGGUUAUUCUGGCUUCUAUAGGGAAAGAUUUGCGCAAAAAGACGGUUGCUGUAUACCUACAUUUGGAUGUUCCUGAGCCGGAUUUAUCUAAAUGGGACACAGAUCCAUGGACUCUAACAGAAAUCGACAAAAAUUAUUAUGGAUGCGGGACAUCGUGUGGUAAAGGACCGCUGAUGAUGUGGUUUCACGUGAUUCAAGCUAUUCAAGGGUCCAACAUUGAGUUCCCGGUGAACGUGAAAUUCAUCAUCGAAUUUAUGAACCACGAAGACAGUCUAGGGCUUGCCUCUUUUCUUCCCACCAGGAUGCAAGACUUUUUCAGCGGAGUGGACAACGUGGUGGUCUGCGAAUCGGAGUGGCUCGGUGAGAAGCGUCCAUGUUUGAUAUACGGAUGCGUCGGCAUUUUGCAUUUCGAGUUGGCUAUAACGAAACGGGAAAAUUCCCAAACUGAAAUUAAGGAAGAUAUGGAAAACAUCAUUAACAAUCUGGUCGACGACAAAGAACAAAUUUUAAUCAAUAAUUUCGGCGAGUACGUAGAACAAAUAACUCCUGACGAAGAAAGGAUAUACGAAAACAUUAAGGACUUUGAUCCGGAUGAAAUUAGAGAUUCCUUGCCCGAUUUCAAGAAAUCCUGGGACAAAGUGAAACUCCUGAUGAGUUUCUGGCGUUUGCCAUCUCUACACGUGCACGAGACCCUGGAGUGCGUCUGCGACAAGAAGGACUUCUCCAAAAUCAAGAAACUCUUCACCAUAAAGAUAGUUCCGAGGCAGGUGAUCGAUACCGUUGAGGAAAUUACGAAGAAUCACGUUAAAAACGUCGUCGAAGACUUGAACAUCGAAAACGACGUGAAAUGCGAGUUGAUAUCGGGAAAGAGACCUUGGUUCGAGAGCUUCCAGUCGCCUUGUUUUAAUGCAGCCAAAAGGGCUUAUAUGCAGGUGUACAAAGAAGAUCCUAGCUUGAUUAGAGAAGCUAGAGCACGAGAGGUUGUAACCAUAUUAGACCGAGUUUUAGAAAAGAGUAUCCUGAUGAUGCCUCUGAGUUGCAAGGGCUCCAACUCAGGCGAGGCAAACGAGAACAUAUCGAUCAGAAACUAUUACGAAGGCACGAAAGUCGUUGCUGCUUAUCUGUUUCAAUUUGCUAUUGUACACGAAUAGACAGAUUGUUUUCAUUUAUUUGUGAAUAUAUUUAUUUUAUCAA